GUCAUAUCCGCUUUGAUGAUCAUAAGCAAAGAGAGGAGAGAUAGAGAGAGAGAAAUAGACGUGGCGUUGAUCUAUUAUUUUAUUUAAAAAAAAAUAUAUAUAUAUAUAAAUUUUUUCUAUUUUUCACUCGCUAAGGAACAAAAACUAAAUAUGGGAUUGACUUUAUCUAGCAUAUUAACACGUUUAUUCGGAAAGAAACAAGUUAGGAUUUUAAUGGUUGGAUUGGAUGCUGCUGGUAAAACAACAAUCUUAUAUAAGCUCAAACUUGGAGAAAUUGUCACAACCAUACCAACAAUAGGUUUCAAUGUUGAAACUGUUGAAUAUAAGAACAUAUGUUUUACUGUAUGGGAUGUUGGAGGCCAAGAUAAAAUAAGACCAUUAUGGAGACACUAUUUUCAAAAUACACAGGGCCUUAUAUUUGUGGUAGAUAGUAAUGAUAGGGAAAGAAUUUCAGAAGCACAAGAUGAAUUACAAAAAAUGCUAAAUGAAGAUGAAUUGAGAGAUGCCGUACUCUUACUUUUUGCAAACAAACAGGACUUACCAAAUGCUAUGACAGCAGCAGAGCUCACUGAAAAAUUAGGAUUGAAUCAACUUCGGAAUAGACGGGUAUGAAUGUUUUUUAGUGGUAUUUUAAUUAU